CUUCGUGAACCGUGACGCGCACAUCCUCCGACUCAUCUACGACCUCGUGUGACGAGUCGACGACUACGAACGUCGGGGACAUUCCGAAGGCGCACGCCAGCUUUCUCAGCGUGUCCAACAUGUUGCGGCUGCUAAGCCUCUGGCUUAUGAGCCUCGCCAUCCUGCCAGCAUUCGCAAUUCACGCCUCGGAAGCUGGUGUCGUGGACUGGUACAAACCACUCAUCGGCGAUGCCCUUACUGGAAACCCGAAUCUGUCACCAGUAUUUCAUCGCAUUACCGAAGAUAACGGAAAAACGAGGAGUCUAGUCCUUACGGCGACGAGCAGCAAUGUUCUGAGCGGGUUGCAUCCCGAGAAUGGGUCGAUAGCGUGGAGGUAUCUAUUUGAGGAUGGAAACCGUGUGUUAGCGUUCAAGAAACACAAGAAUUGGGUUGCUGCUGUCUCCGGAGUUGGAGGAGCUACUGUUCGCGUUCUUGACGUUUCCACCGGACACCUUUUACAUGAGCGACAUCUACACAAGCCUGAAGCUGGACGGUUACUCGAGCCUGACAGCACCGGCGUUGCGCUCGCUUUCGACUCUGGCUCGCACGUGUACGCGUUGACGAACGGCCAUACUGUGCGGAAGAUUGAAGUAUCGACAGGAAAGAUCAUCUGGGGUUGGACUGCCCCAGACCAGACGUCGCUGAACGUCUACUCCACCGUGCUUCCAACGUCGUCGGCGAUAUACCUCAUUGGCCUUGCGAAAUCGUUCGCCUCAUACACUCUCCACAUUACCUCUCUGUCUCCCGUGGAUGGUUCACUACUCAGCAGCGUUGAUGUACCUUCCAGUAUUGAGCACGGGCCGGCGAGUCUAUUCGUUCUUAGCAAACCCGUAGGCGAAUCGGAGCAUGCUCGAAUUCUCUGGCUCGAAAGCAACCAGAUCAGGUCAGUGAAACUGAUGUCUGGGCUUAACGAGACGCCUACCGCUAUCAAGGCUGCAACGUAUCGAGAGCUUGUGGAUCUUGGUCUAGGUGAUCACGGGCUACUCGUUGCCGUCAAGGACGACGGCUCAGGACAAGUCAUCAAGCUAAAUGACGAGGGCACUGGAUUGAAAAUCAUAUGGGAGUUCGCGGACUCGGCUGAUUCGACGCAGCACACCGCUUCGAUGUAUACGGGCGGUCUUGAUAAGGCUGGACAUCCAUAUAUCGGUCGGGUAUUCUGGUCUCGCUACUAUAAAAAAGCUUCUGCUCAUAUUCUAGCGCCCCACUUGGCGGAAGGCAAAGGUCUGGUCACCGGCUACACGCUUCCCUUCGAGACCGCAGUACACGGUAUCAUUGGAAACGUAGCGAUCGACGCGGUCAACCUUGAAGAGUUCCGUGUUCUCGCCCGCGUGGUCAUCACGACUACCACAGGCGCGAUCCAACUAUGGCAGCAAGAUCAGUUGCAAUGGACUCGUGAAGAGGGCCUGGCAGAUAUCAGAGUCGCGGAAUUCGUCGAACUUCCUGAGCGCAAGCUCGCUGAGACGGGUCUUGGCGAAGGGCACGAGACCUUCACAGGACGUGUUCGGCGCCAGAUUUCCGAGGCUCGCGAUUUUCCACACUACGCUUUGCAUUUCGCAAAGCGAUUCGUCACCGGGUCGUACGAUUCGGUGUCGAGCUCUGCGAUGCCAACUACGAGUGACGUUGCGUCGUUGUCAAGGGAUACGUUCGGCUUCAGGAAGAUUUUGGUUGCAGCAACCGCGCGAGGCAAGGUUUAUGGUAUCGAUUCUGCAAACGGAGAGAUUCUCUGGAGUAGGGUCUUCGGCCUUGGUUGGGCAGCAGAGGUCGGUGGACACGUUCUUCCGCUCAAGAUUUAUACGACUAGAACCGUUAUGGAUGAGGAGACACCUCAGGUUGUCAUCGUCACGCAAAGGAAAGCCAACAACGGCCUUCUUGACACAGUGCUCUUCCAUAUCGACGCUCUGACGGGCGAAGACUCUACGGGCAAGUCGCGCUCGAGUGAUGUUCUACAGGGCAUCGAUAUCAUUGCUGGUGCCUUAGUUGAAGCCUAUCUUGUUCGCGAUGAGGCUACAAAGUUUGUCCUUCUUUUUGACGAAUUCUUGCAAGCGCACGUGUACCCUGAUACUGCAGAAAAUACAGCAUCGUUCGCCAAGCUUAUUCCGUCCCUCCACUUUGCUCUGCGUACUGGCCAAGUAGGCUCUUUACGUCUGACUGGGCACCGGUUCGGCCUCCAGAAAGAGUUCACUGGCAAGUACAUCGCACAUCCGACCUGGACGGCAUCGCUUGCCGAGGGUGAAGACAUCCAGGCCAUCAUUGCACGCCCUCACGAACCUGUUGCGUCCCUGGGCAAGGUGCUUGGAAACCGCACGACAAUGUACAAAUACCUCAAUCCGAAUGUUGUUGCAGUCGUCACAUCGUCUUUGAAAGCACCGACGCCCAGCUGUGCUAUCUAUCUCAUGGAUGUUGUCAAAGGCUCAAUUAUCUACCACUCUGUUCUCCCGGCGGUGAGCGGUGCAUGCGAUGUCAAAGCAGCGUUUACCGAUAACUGGCUGGUGUACCAUUAUUACGACGAGGACUUUGGCGUGGACCAGGCGAAGAGUUACCGGGUGGUGUCUGUUGAGUUUUAUGAAGGCACUGGUAUCGAUGAUAAGAUCAGCAGCUCGGACUUGUCUUCGCACUCGAACGCCUCUACUUCUGUACAUGUUCUCGAACAAACAUACGUCUUUCCUCGCGGUAUAUCCACCAUGGCGACAACUAUGACCAAGUUCGGCAUCACGUCGAAGGACCUCAUUGUUGCUGGUGAGAAUGGCAUCAUCCAAUCGUUCCCUCGGCGCUUCUUCGACCCAAGACGCCCGAAGCGCAAACCGACGAACGAAGAGCUGGAAGAAUGGCUCAUCCAGUACGAUCCAGUCAUUCCCGACGAUCCAAAACGCGUGCUAUCGCAUACCUACCAGGUCGCGAACGUCCGCGCCAUCAUCACAUCGCCCGCACUUCUCGAGUCGACGUCGCUAGUCUUUGCGCACGGUCUCGAUCUGUUCUCCACGCGCGUUACGCCGUCGAAUACGUUCGAUGUCUUGAGCGAAAACUUCAACAAAGCGCAGCUCGUGCUCACUAUCUCGGGCCUUGCUCUCGCGAUCCUUAUAACGAAGCCGAUGGUGAGGAAUAAGAGGCUGCGGGAGCGCUGGUAUAAUUAGACGGAUUGCGGCUGCUGUGUAUGCUAAAUACGAAGAUGCGUAUGUUAUAAUACUUGCCUCUGAACGUUGACUAGCUUCAGCUUCACAUACAACAAUUCUCGAAGUGUGGAUAGUAAGACUAUGUAUGUAUACAAUAACAGUGUCAGCUACAGCUCAUCGUGCUCUACAGAAGAGUGUACAUCAGCCUCGACAACGACGUCGGUUGGGGAAGGGAACAAGUCUUCUGCCUCCUCCACAGGCAUGGCAUGUAUCGCAUCGAGUAUAGACUUCCCUGGUACAUCAGUCGAAACAGGGUCCAUUGGCGGCAUCGGGUCGCCGGUCGGAUCAAGAUUAUCCACAGAUGGUGUGCUGGCAACGGCUGUCGCAAGUAGUGUCGAUGUCGCGGUGAUGGUGGAUGCAACAACUGUAGCAACUUCUGCGACGGACGAGCUCGCACUUAUGCAACCCUUCUCCAUGGUGUCCGCGAUCUUUUCCGCUACUUGGCUUCUCGAGGAUGAGGGGAUGAAGCGUGUCCACCAGAAGACCAGUCGAAUACUGCGGUCGACCAAACGCUGCUUUAGGAUGAAGAGUACGACCAAAAUGAAGAAUAUCAGGGCAGCAAUAAUUAGCAUGCGGUCCAGCCAGUCGGAUUUCUCGAGCGCGGUAACGAGGUGCUUUGAGGUGACAAGCAGACUAUCCAGGACAUCAUGGGUAGCUGAAGCAGAUUUCAAUGAGGCGGUAGACUGGUCUAAGAGAGUUAAAACU